AUGGUUGUUGCAUUCAUUCAGGCUAAUCCAUACCGCGAUGCUUCAAAGUUGGUACAGCGACUCAAACACAAACAAGAGACCUCGGAAGAGUUCAUCCUACCAGAGCAGUUGACGAAAGAUUUCGAGGACUCUCUGUCACUAGGAUGUACCGCGGUGCAGAGCUUGUAUGACCAUGAUGUUCGUCGCUUUGGUGAGACGUACGCUCGAGGGGACGCCAUUGCCCGAGAACAAAUGAAGGACAUUCUCAUCAAUCUCCAGCAAGCAGUCAUCUCACAUCUGCGAGAGGUUUUUAUGGAUGAAGCGACAUUGAACCUCCACAUGUUGAAGGAAACAUCGGACGAUUGUCGGGUGAAUGCAACAGUAUGCCUUGGCCAGCUUUACCAGCGUAUGUCGACGGCAACAGCGGCAAUGAAACAAAUAUCACGUCCAUAUGUCGAUGACCCAGACAAGGUCCAGUUGCCGGGGUCCUUGGCUUAUUCAAGCAGCCGCAGUACGCAUUCCUCGUUCGGCGGAAGACCAUAUGACGAUCGAUCUGCCACAUCCUACACCACAUACAGUUCAAGGACAGCCGUAGGUUACGAUCACAAACCAUCUGGUGCUUUGCCGCCGCAACGAAGAACCUCGAUGAAUUCCACCUUCUCUUACACGAGCGAGCCGCCUAAGAGCCGUACGCCAGGUGAAGAUAAUGUCCCGGCCCUCCCCUUCCCUAUGCAGAGACAGACGAGUCAAGGUUCUGUCGAGGCUACGCCCAAUGGUUCUGGUCUGUUUCAGCAACUGGAGGACAGCGCUCCACCGACGAAUGCGGCUCCUCCGCCGUACAGACAGAAUUUAUCCAGGCCGGUUUAUACGAGUGAUGAAAAGGGCCAAAAAUUCCCGAAAGAGUCUAGUUUUUAUCAAUCACCAGUUGCAGACCAGCAUAGUCAUGUACCACAGAACACUUCUUUUCAGCACAGUCCUCGAAUUGAAGGUGAUAUCAAGGCCUCUGUGCCCGGCCUACCCGUUCAAGUCCACGAACUUGACCACAGCCAGUCCUUCGAGACCCACCGAACACCAGAGCAGGAAUUGACAGCACAAAAUACGUCCACGAAUGUGCCAUCGAAUCAACGACCUGCUAUUCCAUUGAACCCUGAUUACAGCACAUUAGAAUACGUUGAAACAUUAGAUUCUCGGAGUCGACCUCCGGUAGCUCGAGCACCAGACAAUCAGUACCAAAGCUUUUGGCAACAACUACCUUCCCCCCUACAGCAGCAAGUGCAGCAAUCAAUGUGGAAUGGCUAUCAAAACCAGCAGAUGCUGCAUGGACAACCGAUCACAAACUCGCCCGUCUCCAGACCCCAGACCAGCAACAUCCGGCCCGAAAGUAUACCUGCUGCCGUGGACCCGCUCCCCCAGCAAAAGGUACCCACCAUCCCUUCAGUUCCACGGCCGCUCUCGAUUCGAUCGACCGGUUCGAACGGAUCAAGACUGGGAUCCUUCACGAUACGCAAGGGACUGCCACCGGGUAUCGCCGAUGCGAUACACAAGCCUGCGCCCUCGGCUCUGGAGACGCAAUUCAAUAGCCUGCCUCGCUAUGUGAAGCCGAAGGCGCUCGAUCUCGCCGACAAUGAGCAGAUUGCUAACCUCAACAGCCCGACUUCGCUGACAGGGCAGCCAAUAGAUAACAUGUCGGACAGCAUUACAGUGAAGUCGACGUCGGAGAGUGCGUCGCUAGAAUCUACGAUGCGACUCGCAUCUGCUUCACCCCAACUACAAAUAGCGCGAUCGCAGCUCAACUUACCGAGCGAGUCGAAUCUUGCUGGGUUCUGCAAAGGCGCAGUAAGGCAGCAACUUGGGGGACGGAAAAAGGGGUUCUCCCUCGAGCACCGAAAGGGGCCCAAAGGACAGGAAUAUUUCUGGCGAUGCACCAAAUGCAACUUCGAAGGACCGGCGCUUGUGUCGAAGGCGCUGCCGAGUGGCGGCCGAGGCUCGGUCAAGACGGAGAAGACGUACGAUAACAAAGUACGAUAUUCUGAAGGGGGCAUCAAGUACCGGUGGAAUUUCCUGGCCAAGUGCCACGUCUCCAAGAAGUUGAUGAUUGGCGACGCGAUGAAUAACGGCGAUGUCUUUGCCUGUUAUUUCUGUUGUGUGGAGGGAGCGGCCAAAGGCUGGAUAGAGGACGGAGUGUCAUCGCAGCUGGCCAGGCUGGGGGGUUUCGGAGAGAAAAAGGCGACGAUGGCGAACGUGACGCCCACAUUCACUGGAUUGCAAGCGUUCCUGACGCAUCUGGAGACGCACCGCCUUCCGGAUCGGAUUCCGGGGUUAAUCGCGUCGAAUGAGAUGUAUUGCAUCGUGGGCAGAGUUGCCCAUGAGCAAGAAGAAUUUGACCUCAAUCUGCCGCCACUGGGAGCAUGA